AUGUCUUCCAACAAGCAGCAUGCCUCCACUCCGGAAACAGAGUCACCUCUCUCAUCAUCCACCCUCGUUGGUAACAAAGAGCGAGAAAUAUACGCAGAAGAUUACCCCGGCUGUGUAAUCAAAAUGCACGGCGGACACACGAUCGAAAAAGUCUUUUCAAAAAACAAAGAGAUAUCCUGCUUAGAGUACGUCUGCUCAAAAUCCGACGGUCAUAAAGUCAGCAAGAUAGAUAGUGUUCCUGUGGAGGACGAGAAGAAAGUCAAGAAGUGUCCUGUAUGUCGCCGUCCGGGCCCGGCCCGGUACGUUGUAAAGUGUGCAAGAAUGGACAAUGGUGAAGCUGGAUGGCUCUUUUCCAAAGAGAAAUUAAAAUACCUUGAGCUUGAGAGUAUUUAG